AUAUAACUACAAUAAAAUUAUAAAAUUUAUAUUCUAGUACAAAUAAUAGAUAGGGCUGGUUAUUUUCGAACUUCUUGAUAAACUUAUUUGUCAGAUAAAUGUGCCUGCCUUUAUUUAUUCAGAAAAAAAAGUAAUUUUACCAAGAAGUUUGAACAAUCUGCUCCUAAUCUUGGAAAUGGAUCUGCUCCGAAGUACGCGCAUGCGCCGGCACUCGCGCAGCGCAGUUCACCACAUGGUCCACAGCGUGAUAAGUGUGCGUUUAUUAUCUUACGGUUUUAUAUUGUAUUUUUCUGUGCAUUAUGUAAUAUACGUAAGAAAAAAGUGAUUUGUCAUAAACUUACCGAUGACAAUUCAAGACAUGGAUAUCUGUUUAAAUGUAACGGCGGAUCCAGCUGUUACAAAGAAAAAGAAUACAUUAAGAAGAAGUGAAUAUUCCACAACAUCAAUUAAAAGGUUAAAGAAACAAUCAUUUCAUAAAGAUGCUGUACCAGAUAGCAAGGACUUAAAGAGAAACGCGAAUACGCAAGUGACGGGGUCUAAAAAGAGAAUUAAGCAGAAAUCAUUGGCAGCUAUCUUCGCUAACAAGUUGAGCGAAACAAAUGUCAUCCAAAACGCACAGCACUUUCAGGUUCCAUCUCACGGUAAAGACGUAACAGCGAAAGUAGCAAAGCCAAAAAAUAUUAAACAGUCUAAUGCCACAAACAAGAAGAAUGUGAAAUCUGACAGGAUUCUCUCUGCUGCAAAUUUUGAUUUUACAAAUGAAUCAAUUGUGUCUUUUACAAAGGCAACAAAGCAUAAUGGUAAAACACUAUUGGCAAAAAUGAGAGAUUCAAAGAACGAAUCAAAGAGAUCACUUUCUGAUAUAUUUUCGAGUCAAUUAAAAAGUCCAAAUGAGUCAGGUGCUAUAAAUUUAAGUCAGAAACAUGAUAUCCAUAAAAAUAAAUUUAAAUUAGACAAAAAAUCCAAAGUAGUAACUAAAGAAAAACAAGUUUUAAAAUCUAGUACGAUACCUUUUAUUACAAACUCCGAUUCUACAAAUAAAUUAGCUAGGGCUUUAACAAAGGAACAUGUUAAUAGAGCACUGUUAUCGAAAAAGAAAGAUAAAUUGAAAGCUAAAACAAAGAGAUUGCCUGUUAUAUUUUCGACCCAAUUAAAGAGUAAAAAUGAGUCAGGUACUAUAAAUUUAUGUCACAAAUAUGAUGUUCAUAAAGAUAAUUUCAAAUCUGACAAAAAAUCCAAAGUAGUAACAAAGGAAAAACCAAUUUCAAAAUCUGAUAAGAUACCUUCUAGCACAAAUUUUGGUUCCAAAAAUGAAUCAGCUGUAGCCUUUUCAAAAAUAACAAAUGAAUAUACUAAUAAAAUACAGCUGGCGAAAAAGAAAGAUUUGAAGGCCGAACCAAAAAGAUCACUUUCUGAUAUAUUUUCAAGUCAAUUAAAAAAUCAGAAUGAGUCAGACACUUUAAAUUUAAUUCAGAAACAUGAUAUUUCUACAGAUAAUUUUAAAUCAGACAAAAAAAAUAAAGUAAUAGGUAAGGAACCUGCUUUAAAAAACACAAAGAAAACAGAUAUUUUGAAUAAAAGAAAAGAAAGAAAAAAUAAAAAGCAAAUUAUAAAUAACGACAGGGAAUUAGACAAAACUCCACAAUUAACGCACAGAACUGGUGGAAAAUUUUCCUCUUUAUUUGGCAAUAAUCCCGAGGUACCGACCAUAGGCCAGCGACUUGUAAAACCUGUACAUGAACCAGUUUUUACAGAGAUUACUUUUGCAGAUCUCAAUAUUCAUCCGUUUACAAUCUCAAAUUUAGAGCAAAGUAUGGGUAUAACUAAAAUGACAACAGUUCAACAAAAAGCGAUCCCUCAAAUAUUCUCAGCUAAAGAUGUUCUAAUAAGAUCUCAGACUGGAUCUGGAAAAACGUUAGCGUAUGCGUUACCCAUUGUUGAAUUGUUACAUAAAAUUAGACCACAAUUAAGUAGAAAUAGCGGUUUGUUGGCCCUCAUAAUUGUUCCAACAAGGGAAUUGGCCUUGCAGACGUACGAAUGUUUUAUAAAACUGGUUAAACCUUUUACUUGGAUCGUGCCAGGCUACAUAUUUGGCGGAGAGAAGAGGAAAGCGGAAAAAGCUCGAUUACGAAAAGGAUGUAAUAUCUUAAUAUCCACUCCUGGUAGAUUAUUAGAUCACAUAAAACACACAAAAGCGUUGAGAUUAAAUGACGUUAAAUAUUUCGUAUUAGAUGAAGCUGAUAGAAUGCUUGAUAUGGGUUAUGAAAUGGAUAUUUCUGGGAUAGUAAGUGCUUUGAAAGUGUCAUCUAAUAAUGAAGAAUCAGGAUACGACGCUAUGAAAAUAUUUAAACAAAAUAGUAAAAAGAUAUUUACAGAUAAAGUAAUUGAAGAAAUUUCAAAGGAAGAUAUAAAAUCCAAAAUAGAAAAUAAUAAUAGUAGGAGUAAAAAGAAACAAAUAUAUCAUUCAAGUGACGAAAACGACGCGGGUCAAGCCGCGGAUGGCAUUAGUUCUUUUCCUUCGAAAAAAAGAAAAAAAGAUACAAAGCAUUCCGAUAUGAAUCAAGAAUCUGACUUGAAAACGGAAAAUGUUCCAAACGUCGAGCGAGAUUACGAAAAUCAGUCGAGAAGGCAGACAAUUUUGUUGUCCGCGACUUUAACACAAGCCGUUGAAAAAUUGGCGGGUCUCACGAUGCACGAUCCGAUCUUCGUUGAUGCGGCUAAAGAGACUCUAGAAGCGAGCGGGGGAGAUGCUAGCGAGAUUAACGAGGAUCUCGUAGUUCCGCAAAGCGUAAAUCAGAUUUACUUGAUAACCCCGCCUAAAUUAAGAAUGGUUACUCUAAGCGCUUACAUCGCCGGGAGAUGUCAGACUCCUGGGGAACAUAAAAUAUUGAUUUUUAUGGCUACGCAAGACAUGGUAGAUUAUCAUACCGAAAUUUUGUCAGCCGUUCUUACGAAACCAGUAGACGAUGAUGACGAAGACUCCGAUCCGCUGGUUGAUGUAGAAUUCUUUAAACUGCAUGGUAACAUGAUACAGAAAGAAAGGACGGAGGUCUUCAAAACUUUCAGUCAAGCGAAAAGUGGAGUACUACUGUGCACGGAUGUUGCAGCACGAGGAUUAGACAUGCCGAAGGUGGACUGCGUUGUACAGUAUACGGGUCCAAUUUCGACUAGAGAUUACGUUCAUCGAAUCGGUAGAACUGCGCGCGCAGGUUGUUCCGGCACGGCGACGAUCUUCCUAACGCCCUCGGAAAUCGAGUUCGUGCGAAUGCUCGAGUCGAGACGCAUCAGAAUCAAGCAGCAGGACAUGAAUGAUGUUCUGGACAAGCUACUGGGACCUCUUUCCAAGCACAACUCCGUCCAGGCAGCGGCUAUUGCCCUCCAAAACGAUUUCGAAGAUUUAGUGUUGGAGAACAAGCAACUUCGCGCGAAAGCGUGUAAAGCCUACGUCUCAUGGAUGCGUUUCUACACGAGUUAUCCGCGCGACAUGCGCGAGAUAUUCAAUCGGAAGGAGCUUCAUUUAGGUCACUAUGCCAAGAGUUUCGCAUUGAGAUUUCCGCCGCACCAAGUCGGCGGAAUCGUCAGGAAGCUCCGCGAGAAAGACAUCUCGACACAACCUAGACACAACAAUCGUCUGUCGAACAACAAGUCAUCUGACGGGGUGCCGCAAAAGAAGCAGAGGACCCGAAACGACGGCGGCGGGCAAAGAACGGGGUUGUUGAAGAGGGUCAGAAUGCUCAACACCUCCGAAUACGAUAGCGGCCUCGAACCCCCGAAGAAGCCAAAGAAGUAAUCUCCGUGCUUCAUCGCGAUUGUACAGGUUGUAAAUAGAAACAGUGAUUUCACGUCUAUGAUUCGCUCCUUGUGAACAUGCGUCUGUUUUUAGCCUUGAUAUGUAUUAACGUUUUGUUUAUACAUUUUGUAAUACAUUUUAGUCAAAUGUUUUAACCUCAUUUUAAUGAUUAAUUAUUUAUCAAAAA